UAAAGUCGCGAGCCAUGAGCAAAGCGGAAGUUUCGUCUGUUGUUCCGGCAAGCCGGAAAAUCCUUCGCCUACAGUAAAGCAAUGAGAGCUGUGAGCAGUUGUUCAUUUGAUUCAUGUUAUUUAUGAUAUUUCCUUCUCUGGUACAACAUUUUUAAGGCCAGUCCGGAGUACCAACUGUAGUAACGUGUACGAAGCUGUGGUCGUCACAGUGGACAUAUCACGCGUGCGUUUGUAUUUUUGUGCUGAGAGGCUAAUAGGAUGGACAUUAAACCGUGAUGAGCCGACCAAUUUGCGCUGAAUCUACCCAGGAAAGUCAAGCCGUUGCGAGUGGCCGGAAGCGUGUCAGACAGUGUUUGCAUCCUGACAGCCUUGAUGCCCAAACUCGAACUCGAGACACCCCAAAAAACUGUGAAUAUUCACCCUACUGCUGGGGUCAGCUCAGAUAGAAACCUUCAACUGUUAUGGUAUGUGAACUAUCUAACGUCAUUGACAGAUGAAUGCAGGCAUAGGUGGUACGGUUACCUGGCGACCGCAGCCAUGGCAGGAUGCUGAUAGAGGAGGUGGAGAACCUCUCUCAGAUAGUGACUCAGAAGAGGAGGAUUUUCCAGAUGAUCACACUACACCAUUGGGGGACUAUAUAACUCAGGGCUUAAAGCAGCUGCUUGAUGCUCAACAGCUGUGUGAUGUCACUCUUUUGGUGGAGGGAAAGAAGUUAAUGUGUCACAGAGUCCUUCUAGCAGCGGUCAGUCCAUAUUUCCGCGCCAUGUUCACCAGCCCUCUUGUAGAGUCCCGUCUCACUGAGAUCCGCCUGGAAGAAGUGACACCCUCCAUUAUGGAGACAGUCAUCCAAUUUGUAUAUACAGGACAUGCAGAUCUUAGUCUGGACACAGCUGAGGAUUUGUUCGUGGCAGCCAAUCGUCUUCAAGUGAUGCCCUUGCAGGACCUUUGCUCUAGAUUCCUUUUUGAACACCUCUCUGUGGAGAAUUGCCUGGGUAUGUACUCGCUGGCUCGUUCCCAUCAUGACCAGCUCCUUCUCCGGGCGUCUUUGAGACUAGUGGGUCAGCACUUCCCUCGAGUGGCUCGGCAGCGGGACUUCCUCCUUUUGGAUCCAGGAACUCUAGGCAGUUUGUUAGAGUCGGAUCGGUUGGGUGUGGAGGCUGAGAUGGAAGUGUACAACGCGGCGAGACGCUGGGCGGAGUACCAACCUGCCGAUCGUUACGCUCACAUGCCCAGUCUGCUACGGCAUUUACGCCCUGGUCUUCUGGGCCCCGAUGCAAGCAACCGUCUGAAUAAAGAACUCGGACCGCUGGCCAGCACGGAGUGCAUGGGAGGCCCGCUAAAACCACGAGAAGGCAUGUUCGAGAAGAAAAUAGUCUGCGUGGAUCUAAGGCCGAGAGAGCAUGAGUCUUUACAAAACCGGGACUUCACGGUGGAUUGCUUUGACCCGCCUACCGGGAAGUGGAAGAAGCUUGCAGCCAUAGGCUCGUUGCUCUGCCCCGGCUGCACCGCUGUUGGAGGUCGACUCUAUGUGGCGGGUGGCAUUCUGAGGAGCGGCCAAGUGUCAGCUUCACUUCAUGAGUACGAUGUAGUUUUGAACCGCUGGAUUACACGGCCAGUGUUGACUGAACCGCGGGCUAUGUUAGGGCUGCUUGGAUGCAAAGGCUUCUUGUACGCUUUGGGUGGCUGUAACCGAUCUGCGUUUCUAGACACCUGUGAAAGAUUUGACCUUAACGCACUGACCUGGGAAUCAGGACCACGUUUGCCGUUGCCGUUACGUUCUUUCGCUUGUGCCUCCCUCCGUUGUCGCCUUUACCUGCUUGGAGGUACCACACUGGAGCACAGUAGGGCUGUGGUGCAUUCUGGCGUGCUUAUAUACGACACCGUUACAAAGAACUGGAGCCGCGUUGCUCUAGACUCUGGCGCCACCUGUCUGGCUGGAGGAGUAGCUGUACGUGGAGGUGUCUGCGCUGUUGGUGGUUACCUGCGUGAUGCCGCUAUGUUCAUGGAUGGCAACUACACCCAGGCCGAACCACUGGACGCAACAGGACGAGUGCUGUUCUUCCGAGAAGGAAGGGGAUCGGUACCAGAGCAGGAGGUGGUGGUUGCAGUAGACAGAGAGGCUGGCGAUCGCGCUCCUAGUCCCGUGGUUUUUCCAGGACUCCCAAGACGCAUCGCCGCUGGAGGUGUGGCCAGGUGGAAGCGUAGGAUUUACGUGUUGGGUGGUGAGAACGGAUCGAGGUUUUAUGAUAGCAUAUACUGCUGGAAACCUGGCUGGCGUAGCUGGGUGCAGAGACGGGAGAAGUUACCGGUAGAUACGGGCGGAGUUAGUCAGUUCGGAUGCACUACUUUGAAGUUCCCCAAAAAACAGAUCCUAGCGCGGCUUAGGGCUGCGCAGCAGAGACGGGGGAGAGAGAAAAGGCCGACCCGCUCGUGCAGGGUCUUGAGGAUUGAUAAAGUGAGUCAGGAUAUUUGAGGAGACAAAUAUGAAUUUCUCACAUCUUUAUGCAUUUGUUUUUACCGCAUUUCUUUUGGUUGAUAUCAGGAUGUUUUGGAAUCUAUAAAUAAACCUAAUAAAAGAAUUCGAUCAAAUGUGACCCUGCCUGUGAAAACCCAGCUCAAGUCAUUUUCUACAUAAAAUCACCCUACAUAAUCCAAAGAUCAUUCUUUGAAAAUAUAACCUUGAUGUUUUUAAUGUUUACAUUUACAUUUAAGACCAUGAUUGACUGAGUAAGACCAUGUCAAAAAAUGAAAUCAUAAGAAAAUUAAUGAUUAAAAUUGGCUGCUCAUUAUCUCAUAGUUCGUUUGCGAGACUGUAACCUGGAUUUCACAGACAAGGUCGCAAACGUGAAAAGUGAAGAAGGUUUAUUUAUUUGAUUUGCUCAGUGUUAUUCCUGCUCUGCAAGUCCACAUAUUUUCUAAGGGUACCGUAGUCAGUUUUUGUUAGGGUUGCAGUUUAAAUAUUCUGCCAAAAUACCAUAUUUACUAGUUAUUUUGACUACUGUAAACUCAUACUAAAGAAACAUGAGAUCAUUUUAGGAACAGUGGGAAUGUAUUUUUUAUUGUAAAAAGAAUCCCUUUAGUAACGAUGGUAUUUUGACAGAAACCAGGCUUGCCAUAGGACAAUUUUCUUAAGGGUAAAAUUCAGAAUCACUGUUUUCUUGAUGUUGCUUAUCAGCUCUUAUCUGGGUUGACUUGAAGAUUAAAAUGAAUUAUGUUGAAAAUUUAGCUGUAUCUGAAAUGUUUUAACUCUUAUUAACAAGAUAAAACGCAGGUAGCUGAAUCCACCUGGUCUUUCACAUACACAAUGCUUUUUAGGUAUAUUUUAAAACAAUGAACAUGGAUACUUGGAAAUAAAUUCCAUCCUUCAUGGCUUAACUAACAAUGAACAAAUAUGUACAAACAACUAAAACAAGCAGCAAAAAGUAACUUUUAAAAUGACUGCAUCUUGUUGCACAUCUGUGAAUGUUGUUAUUGAGACAUAAAAGGGCCCAGCAAAGUUGCUGACCACCUGGAGGACAAAAAUCCAGUUUUCCCAAUGACGUGGAACAGUGCGUGUAUGUCACCUUAUUGGGUUUAGCCGGUCAUCUCAUUUGAAUUCAAAUAAGGAGCCAAAUUACUGCUUUUUAUGUUUUCAUUGUAUUUCUGUCAUAUGGUACAAUUAUCGAGACAAAAGGACUCGUAUUUUCAUCUGAUGUCAAACAGGUCUUUUUUAACACCCUGAAACUGUCAAAUAUUGAAAGCUGUUUGAAAGAAAAAUGAUCUGUGAUCCGGUUUGAAGUUACAAUAAAUUGAAUCAAGUCUGA